AUGGUGCGCGAGCACUACCUUCAUCCCACGCUGGUCAAGAUGGCGAUGGAGGCCAGCACGAUAUUCCACAACUUCGAUGAGAUCGUGGGCGGAGACGCGCGGUUCACUGAAACAGGGAGAAUGCUGCUAUUCCCAGAGCGCGACGUGUCCGCGGUACGGGCGAAUGUUGAGAUGAACCGGGAGUUUGGGGUGAAUAUCCAGACUCUCGCUCCGUCCGAGGUCGCUGAGAUUGUCCCGCAAGCAAACCUCGAAGACAUCGCGCUCGGCGUGUACGAGCCGACUUCCGGUUACGCCGACCCGGUGGCGACAACUUACGCUUAUGCAAACAGGGCAAUGGACUACGGAGCGGAGAUCGUGACCGGGUGCGCCGUCAGCGGAAUCCGCGUUCAGGGCGGGCGCAUCGUCGGAGUCGAUACCGAGGAAGGGCCAGUAGAGGCGGACGCCGUUGUCGCGGCGACAGGUCCCUGGGUGAACCAGCUUGCCACUCCCCUGGGCGAAUCCCUUCCCAUCACUCCAAUCAGGGUCCAGAUGGUGCAUCUGCGCCGUCCGCCAUCUCUUGAAGCGUUGACGACCAACGUCAUUGACUACACGACGGGCGCAUACUUCCGCGUGGACGCAGGAUAUGGCACUCUCGUCGGCGGAGAGAAUUUAGACGACCUGAAUGAGAGGGGCGGGUAUGGCUCUCUAUACGACAUGGCCCCUGACGGCAAUCCAAUUCUGGACAAGUCGGCAUCUGUCGAUGGACUGUACUGGGCGGUCGGGUUCAGCGGACACGGCUUCAAGCUGUCACCUGUGGUCGGUCGUAUGAUGGCGGAGUUCGUUAUGCAUGGCGAAAGCGCCGAUCACUCCAUACGCGACUUCCGCGCGAGCCGAUUCGCGGAAGGUGAUUUGCUUAACGCGGAGCAUCCCUACGAAGGACGCAGACACCAGUAG